AUGGCGAUGCAACCACAUAGCAAGAAAAGGGUGUGCUAUUACUACGACAGUGACAUUGGAAACUAUUAUUAUGGACAGGGUCAUCCCAUGAAACCUCACCGUAUACGCAUGACACACAAUUUACUUCUUAACUAUGGAUUAUAUAGAAAAAUGGAAAUUUAUAGACCACACAAAGCUACUGCUGACGAGAUGACAAAAUUCCACUCUGAUGACUAUAUUCGCUUCUUGCGAUCAAUACGACCUGACAACAUGUCCGAGUACAACAAACAGAUGCAGAGAUUCAAUGUGGGUGAGGACUGUCCAGUGUUUGAUGGUCUUUAUGAGUUCUGCCAGUUGUCAGCCGGUGGCUCUGUGGCCGCCGCUGUCAAGCUAAACAAACAGGCCUCUGAGAUCUGCAUCAAUUGGGGUGGAGGUCUCCAUCAUGCUAAGAAAUCAGAAGCAUCUGGUUUCUGUUAUGUCAAUGAUAUUGUGUUGGGUAUUUUGGAAUUGCUCAAAUACCACCAGAGAGUACUUUACAUUGACAUUGAUGUCCACCAUGGAGAUGGUGUGGAAGAAGCGUUCUACACAACAGACAGAGUCAUGACUGUAUCAUUCCACAAAUAUGGAGAAUACUUCCCUGGCACUGGUGACCUCCGGGAUAUUGGUGCUGGAAAGGGCAAAUACUAUGCAGUUAACAUCCCCCUGCGUGAUGGUAUGGAUGAUGAGUCUUAUGAAUCCAUCUUCGUACCCAUCAUCUCAAAGGUCAUGGAGACGUUCCAACCAAGUGCAGUGGUAUUGCAGUGUGGUGCAGACUCCUUAACAGGUGACAGGCUUGGUUGUUUCAAUUUGACCGUACGUGGCCAUGGUCGCUGCGUAGAACUCGUAAAGCGAUUUGGUCUGCCAUUCUUACUUGUUGGAGGAGGAGGAUACACAAUUCGUAAUGUGUCUCGUUGCUGGACUUACGAGACCUCAGUAGCUCUUGGUGUGGAAAUAGCCAAUGAGCUCCCCUACAAUGACUACUUUGAAUACUUCGGCCCCGACUUCAAACUUCACAUAUCACCUAGUAACAUGUCCAAUCAGAACACACCUGAGUAUUUGGAAAAAAUUAAAAAUAGGCUGUUUGAGAAUCUGCGAAUGUUACCGCAUGCUCCUGGUGUUCAGGUGCAAGCCAUCCCAGAAGACGCAGUUAAUGAUGAAUCCGAGGAUGAAGAUAAAGUUGACAAAGAUGAGAGGUUGCCACAAAGCGAAAAGGACAAGCGCAUCACUGGUGAUGGGGAAUUGUCUGACUCGGAAGAUGAAGGGGAAGGCGGUCGUCGCGAUAACAGGUCGUACAGGACACCACAGCCGCGCAAGCGCCCACGUUUGGACAAAGACGGAUCGACAAUCAAAGAUGAAAUCAAAACUGAAGACUCAAAGGACGACGUUAAGAACAUCAGCAGUGUUGAAGAGCCAAAGAAAGAAUUGCCGCCUAAUCCCUGA